AUGAUACCUAAAUCUGUUAUUCUUACGCUGAAUGGUUGUGCAGAAACAUUGAAGAAGCUAAAUGAAGGGGCUAGCAGACAUGGAAAGGAUAGACUUUCGAACAGACUUACAUAUUGUUUUGUGCGGGAUGAUUUAGCGGCCGCUUGCAAUAUGUUGGAUAGCUUGCAGCAUAAUUUGAGCAAUGCUCUUAAAGUUUGGAUGUUGUACAUAUCAAGUAAACAGCAGCCUCUUCUCCAAAGCCCUUCUUUACUGGCAAAAAGAUGCUUAGAGCUUAACGCCGCCAAGGCUGAAUCCAGCUUUUUACUACUGAAACACAAACACAACGUUCGACUUCGUUUCCCUUGUCCGUGUCCUUGCAAUUUAUCAGCAUCUCAAUAUGCUGAUGGACAUUGCGCCUCUGUGUAUUCUGCCCUCUGGAAACAAAACUUUUCGAGUCUUCAUACUUGUUCUAUGUGUAAGGGUUGGCAAUUAAUUCGAAAGAAGUUCAAUGUUUGCAACAAAUUGCUAGGAUACUGCAUAGCAUUCACUAUGUUUCUCACGCGUGGUGCCGGCGGCUUUUCAAUCGGCCCACUGCUGGGUUUUAGUGCCACAACACCUACUUCUUCGCCUGCUUUCCGCUUAUUAUAUGCUACUAAAUACAUGCAUCCCAAUCGGUACCCCUUUCAAAGGGCUCUGGAUGGUAAGAGCUUGGUAUACUCGGAAUAUGAUGCCUUACGGAUGCACCCCAAGUUUGAUAGCUCAGGUACAUCGAACUGGGGCUCAAGUAUCCACGCUAUCAAAUAUGAUGAGCCGGACAAAGCUAUGGAAUAG